UCAAGUGAGUACUAGUAGCAUUCACGAGUAAAGUUUCUCGUGAUUGGGCCGAUUCUCAAGCUUACUUAUUAUUCUCUUAAAAUCAAACCAAAAUUCUUUCCAAUCGUUGUUGCUCGAGCUCUAUAUUAGUGAGUGGCAAGUGGAUGUCUGUGUGACUCUGCGGAUGAGGAAGACAGACGGACUAGUGGGGUGCUAGGAGAAGACAAAAUAAGUGGGCGGGUGCAGUAUGAAAUGAUGGAAGAUUGCAGAAUAACUUUCUGAAUUUAGGGAUUUUGGUUCAAGUUCCUGCAUCUAAUCAAGGAGAAUGUCCCGGCCACUCCAUCGAGGUGUUUCUGGUGGAGGGAGACUUUCAGGGAACAUUCAAGAUUUCUUGGAAGACUCUCAGAUGAAAAUUAAAGUUAAAUCAGAAAAAGAUGAUUAUGAUAAGAGCCGAUUGUCGCCUGAUCAUUUAUCUUCAUGGAAUCCAUUUAACUUCCUUUAUUCGAUUAAUUCAUCAUCCAAGCAAGGUGUUUCUGAGAAUGGAUUUGUUGUUCCUGCUCCAUUCAGCCCUGUAACUUCAAGGAAACGCUAUAAACUGACUUUAUUUUUGCUCAAAUUCAGUUUAUUUGUGAUAGUAAUCCUUGCCCUUACUGGGUCUUUUUGGUGGACAAUCUCUCUCACAACUGCCUCUAGAGGUCACAUGUUUCGUGGUUAUAGGAGGCUUCAAGAACAGCUUGUGUCAGACUUGUGGGAUAUCGGAGAGCUCUCACUUGGUGCUGCUAGGAUGAAAGAACCAGAGUUCUGUUCUCUUGAGUCCGAAAACCACGUACCCUGCUUCAAUAUUACUGAAAAUCUUCAGUUGGGCUUCACCAAAGGACAAGAACAUGACCGAUAUUGCGGGCCUACAUCAAAGCAGAAUUGUUUGGUUCUUGCUCCUCUUCGAUACAAGAUUCCUCAUAGAUGGCCUACUGGAAGGGAUGUUAUUUGGAUUGACAAUGUUAAAAUUAACGCACAACAAGUACUCUCUUCUGGAAGUUUGACAAAGAGGAUGAUGUUGUUAGAUGAAGACCAGAUCUCAUUUAGUUUUGCAUCUUCUAUGAUUGAUGAUAAUAUUGAAGACUACUCUCAUCAGAUUGCUGAAAUGAUUGGUGUAAGAAAUGAAUCUUACCUUGUACAAGCUGGGGUGAGAACCAUAUUGGAUAUAGGUUGUGGUUUUGGUAGCUUAGGAGCACAUCUCUUUACGAAACAACUUUUGACAAUGUGUAUAGCAAACUAUGAAGCUUCAGGGAGUCAAGUUGAGAUAACUCUUGAAAGGGGUCUUCCUGCAAUGGUUGCUUCUUUGACUUCAAAAAGAUUGCCAUUUCCAUCACUUUCCUUCGACAUGGUACACAGUGCGUGGGAUGGGAUUGACUGGAAUCAUAAAGACGGUAUACAUCUGAUUGAGGUUGAUCGAGUUCUUAGGCCUGGAGGCUACUUUGUUUGGACCUCACCAAUUGCCAACACGCCAGCUUCCGCUCGAAACAAAGAUAACCUAAAAAGAUGGGAUUUUGUGCGUAAUUUCGCGAAAGAUCUCUGCUGGGAUUUGUUAUCACAACAAGAUAAGACAGUUGUAUGGAAGAAACCUAGCAAUAAAGAUUGUUAUGCUUCUAGGAAGCAUGGAAUUGGCCCGUUGGUCUGCAAAGAGGGCCGUGAUGUUGAAUCCCCGUAUUAUCAUCCACCCGAGCCAUGCAUCGGAGGAACUCACAGCCGGCGUUGGAUUCCAAUUGAGAAAAGACCAACAUGGCCUUCUAGAGUCACAUUGAGCUCCAAGGAACUCGAGGUUCAUGGCAUGCUCUCUGAUGAUCUUGUUGAAGAUGAUCUUAACUGGAAGUCAGCACUCCGAAACUACUGGUCUCUACUCUCUCCGCUUAUAUUUUCGGAUCAUCCAAAGAGACCUGGUAUUGAGGACCCUUCUCCACCUUAUAACAUGGUCAGAAACGUCUUGGAUAUGAACGCUCAUUUUGGUGGCUUUAAUUCCGCGUUACUCGAAGCUGGGAAAUCCGUAUGGGUCAUGAAUGUGGUUCCUACCAGUGGGCCAAACCACCUUCCGCUUAUCCUAGACCGUGGGUUUCUUGGCGUGUUGCAUGACUGGUGUGAAGCAUUUCCAACCUAUCCUAGAACUUAUGAUCUGGUUCAUGCCGAAGGCUUUCUAUCACUUGAAACUGUAAAGCAGCGUCGUUGCAGCUUGCUGGAUGUAUUCUUUGAGAUAGACCGGAUACUCCGCCCAGAGGGUUGGCUGAUACUACGCGACACAGCUUCUCUAAUUGAAACAGCAAGAACGAUCACUGCAAGAUUAAGAUGGGAAGCACGAGUUGUAGAAAUCGAAAGCAACAGCGAUGAAAAACUCCUCGUUUGCCAGAAACCAUUCAUGAGGAGACGAUCAAAGCCGUCCUGAACAGGUGUCCAUUUUUCUUGAUCUUGAAACAUUUUAUCAUCGAUCUUAGAAUACAAAAGAGAAAGAGGGUUCAGCUGAAAACUACAGUAAGGACCAAAAGCAAAUUCCUGUGGAGGCCGUAAGGCAUACGUGGGACCAAUGUAAUUACACGACGAUUAUAGGUGGGGCUCGCCAAUUUUACACUUUUUUCGUUCGUUUGUUGUUGUCGUCAUAAACUAUAGAAAAAAGAUGAUGAACUGGUUAUAGAAAUAAGCAGAAAAGUUGGCAUUGAUGUUAAAUAUAUACAAAAGCUUUGGUGGUGUCGUGUUCAUGUUCUUGACCAUAUUUGCACUUUCAAGAUUCA